AUGGAGGAGCUCAGUUUUAAUGUGGAUCAUGGGUAUCUGGAGGGUCUGGUUCGAGGUAUGAAGGCCGGGAUUCUUACUUCCACAGACUACGAAAAUCUGUCUCAGUGUGACACACUUGAGGGUAAGAAUAUAUUACAUUUGUAGUCAUCUUUAGACACAGAUAAAGCAUAUUAAAAAGAUAGAAAUGUAAUACGCCUGGAGCUACAGUCUUUACAAGAAUUUACUUGCAUGUGGGUAUCUUAAAAGGAGCUGCAGUGAGGUGCUGACAGGGAUCAUCUGGACAAAUUUUUUCAUCUGGCUCAAAUUUUUCAAGGCAGUAAUCAAAAUGUUUUAUUCCAGGAAGCAGGAAAGGCUUUCUGUGAGAAACCGAAGGCCAAUGAUAAAUUAGAUGUUAGCACAGGAGGCAUCUCAAGGAACAUUCACACUUCCACCCACCAGCUGAAUAACUAGUUGGCUAAAAUGACCUAAAUUGAAUCCAAACCCUGUCUCUUUUGACACAGCUGCAGUCUGAUUAGAAACAGUCUUAUGUGUUAUAUACUGACUCGUAUUUUACUGUUUUGAAAGAAAAACUUAGCAUAUGGUGCCUCUCUUCUCCUAGAUAUGAAGCUGCACCUGCAGAGCACAGACUAUGGUAAGCUCCUGUCCUCCUCUGAAGAGGAUCUGACUGUGUCUUUUGUGGACAGCAAGCUGAGAGAAAACCUGGUGACUGAAUUCAGCUGCCUUCGCUCCAACGCCCUCCCUCCACUGUCCACCUUCCUUGACUACAUCACGUGAGCUCAUUUCUCCAAGUUCUUAACAUAAACCCGACUAAGUUCACAGAAAUUUGAUCAAUGGUUUUUUGUACUAUAAUGAGAUGAAAACAUAUGCAGGAAGCUCAUUUUAAAAUUCAAAUUCAACUUUAUUUGUAUGGCACUUUUCAGACAAAAAAUGUAGUUCAUAGUGGCUCACAGAGGCUAAAAACAACAGUUAAACAACAAUAAAACCCGACCCUGCCACCCACACACCCACCAAUGGACCCACACUCACACAAAGACACACACCCACUCUCACUCACCCACACAUGAACACACACAAGCGCACACAGAGUGAAAAUUUAAGAUACAUUGUUAAAGAGACAUAGCCUGACCCCAAGACAUUGCGUGAGGAAAGAGCUACCCCUAGGAAACACUGGAGAUAAAAAGGUAAAAAGAAAGACUAAAACCUAAUGGACUAAAACAAGAAAGUAAUAUAAAAUGAACAAAUAAGUGAGAGCUCUUUACCAUGUAAAAGGGGUAAAAGAAGUAAAAACUUCUAUGGCAGGAAUUAAGAAAAAGACUAAAAACUGAGAUAAUCAAUAAAACUACACAAAAUAAACAUUAAGAACUUUGAUUAAAAUGAACAGUAGCAAUCAGAGAAAUAAGACAAGGCUAUCAGUGAAAAGCCUGGUUAAAAAGGUGAGUCUUGAGCCCCUUCUUUAAAACAUCAACAGUUUCUGUUGAUUAACAACUGUAAUUAUUAACAACUAUAAUGCUUCUGAAGACAAAUGUGAAAAUGGUGAAGACAGUAAUGCAGACAGACACUGAUCAGCGGCAACAUCAUGACCUCUUUCAGCACUGACCUGAUGAGCCAUGGACUCCGCCAGACCUCUGAAGGUGUGAGAUAGUAUUUGGCUCCAAAACAUGAACAACAGAUCCACAGAGACCUGCAGGUUGUGAAGUGAAGCCUCCAGGGAUUGGACUGGGUUUACCAGCGCUUCUCACAGAUGCUUCACUGGACUGAGAUCUAGAGAAUUUGUCAACACGGCUGUGGUGUUUUUCCAGACAGCCUUUAUCUAUUACCACUGGUGCUUAAAACUUUCAGCAGUAGACAGCUUGGGAACCCAGAUGCAUCCAUGCAAGCCCUAAACAAACUGUAACAUACCACAUGUUCUGAACCUUUUAUCUAAUCAGUUUUUUUCACAGUAUUUUAUCUCCAGAGCUUUCCAUCAAACAACACAAUAAAAGGAACUAACUAAGAGGGAUGAAUGACAUCCCAUCAGUCAGAGAUAAAAACAUGUCUCAGGUACAAUGUAAAAAAAAAAAAUCAAGAUUAACAAAAAUCCUAUUUAAGAAAAUGUGUUUGAAAGUAGAUGUAAUGGAUGAAAUUGAUUGGGCUGUCCUACUGGAUGCUGUUUCAGAAGGGGUAUGGAACCCUUUUUGUUAAGGGGUCUUAUAAGAAGUCAAAAGAUCAGAAAUAAAGCAAGCAGUCAGACAUUUUAAUGUCCUAAAAAUGAUACUCAAAGUUUACUCUAAGAUACCUUAUAUUUUUAAUUCAUUUAAAGUAUGCCUCUUCUGUUUGGAUAAAUAAUUAUUAUAUCACCAAACACCAUCUAUAACCACAGACACAAAUUCAGAUAGGAUUCUCAUAGGUCUCUCAACAUGUUUUAUGAUGGCAAGUUUCAAAAAUAAUGAAUGAAAUAAUGAUAGAAAUAAUUUCUCUUCUGCAUUAGAAAAUAAUGAUAACUAAACAUUACCUCUGUUGUGUAAGUAAUCCAACUUUAACAAAAAUAGCUCUCACAAACAUACAAAAAUGAAGUGUUCUUCCUUAGUGACCAAAUGAAAAAUGAUGAAAUCCAGGACAUUUUCAUCACUUGAUAAAAGACAACCAGGACAGCCAGGACAUGACAUGUUCUGGGAAAACAGGACAUUUGGUCACCUUACCUAAGAGUGCCUCAAACACACAGACUUCAAGGACAUGAUGUUCACUUGCUCUAUGAUUAUCCACCAACCCACAGGUACCUGGUGUAAACAGAUCACUAAUGUUAGUCCUUUCACCCAUCAGUGGUCCUAAUGUUGUAGCUGACUGGUGUAUAUAAGGACAUGUACUGAUUCUAUUGUCCGUGUCUUAUAGAUAUAACUACAUGAUCGACAAUGUGGUCCUGCUGAUCACUGGGGCCCUCAAACAGAGAGAUGUGGAAGAGCUCCUCCCAAGGUGUCACCCACUGGGAGCUUUUGACCAAAUGGCAGCAGUUGGAAUCGCUCGAACCCCAACAGAGCUGUACUCCGCCAUCCUGGUGGACACACCACUGGGUAAAUCUAUGUGUUCAGAGAUGUUCAGUUGUUCACCUCUAGUUCAACCUGUACAAGACAGGGAAAAACAAGACAACAACAACUUGACUGCUCUUCAAUAUGCUUGUGAUGCCUUCAUGUUCAAAAGGGUUGUCAGUAAAGCCCUUGAGUUUCAAAAGAUAAUUCAAAAGAGCACAAAAGCAAAGCAACAGCAGCAUGGAACUAUUGGUGUCUAGAAGUAAACAAGGCUAACCAUUUUAAAUCUAGCAUGGAUAUGUAACGCAAAUCAAACAAAAAAGGAAGUGUGUCAUCAAACUGUAUCAGACCAAAAUGAUCACAUGACUACUAAUCAUCCACUGUAGUGUUCAUUUUACCACGUCUGGAAGUCAGUGGGUCAGCAGCACAUACAGUGCAUCAGUGAAGUAUUCAUACCACUUCACUUUUUCCACAUUUUGUUAUGUUACAGCCUUAUUCCAAAAUGGAUUCAAUUCCUUUUUCCCCUCAAAAAUUCUACACAAAAUACCCCAUAAUGACAAAGCAAAAAACUUUUUUUUAGAACAUUUUGCAAAUUUAUUAAAAAUAAGACACUCAAAUGUUGCAUAUACAUAAGUAUUCACACCCUUUGCUAUAAAACUCAAAAUUGAGCUCAGUUGCAUCCUGUUUCCACUGAUCAGCCUUGAAAUGUUCCUCCAACUUGAUUGCAGUCCACCUGUGGCAAAUUCAGCUGAUUGGACAGGAUUUGGAAAGCCACACCUGUCUAUAUAAGAUCCCACAGCUGACAGAACAGGUCAGAGCAUAAACCAAGCCAUGAAGUCAAAAGAAUUGUGUGUAGACCUCCGAAACAGGGUUGUAUCGGCGCACAGAUCUGGUGAAGGUUACAGAAAAAUAUCUGCUGCGUUGAAGAUCCCAGAAAGCACAGUGGUCUCCAUGUGCUACGUUUGGAAUCACACAACUCUUAUUUUUAAUAACUUUGCAAAAUGUUAUAUAAAAAGUUUUUCGCUUUGUCAUUAUGGGGUAUUUUGUGUAGAAUAUUUGAGGGGAAAAAGGAAUUUAAUCCAUUUUGGAAUAAGGCUGUAACAUAACAAAAUGUGGAAAAAGCGAGGUGGUAUGAAUACUUUCCGGAUGCACUGUAUGCCUUGGAGCUUUAAGAAAACAAUCAUUUCCAUCAUUUUGUAAAUCAACAGAGGUGUCAUUCAAAUGGACUUCACUCAUUAAUGUGGUUACAACUAUUACUGGGGAAUUGGCUAGCUAAAUACUGAGCAUGUCAGGCUGCCGGGUUAAACAGUCAUAGUUUCCCUUUAGCCCUCAUCACAUCAUCUGGUGUUUUUCCUCCUUGUUGCUCACAAUUUGAGCAAGGAGUUAAUGGAAGUGGCCAACCCUCUAACUUGUGUGCUACAGAUUUUGUUAACAACAAACAUAGUUAAGACAAGUUGUUCUAUUUUCAACUGUGGCUCUGUUUACCAGCACAUAGAGACAGUUUUCACUGGUCAGUGGCACAAACUAAAGUGUCAAAGUUCAACACAUUAGUUGCUCUCAGCUCAAGCUGAUUGAUCGCAUGGUUGCUUAAAAAUUUAGGAGCAGCUUUGGACCAGAGGUAGAGUCAGUAAUCCCUGAAUCGGAGGGGUUGAUCCUAUAGGUUUUUCACAUGCCAAAGUGCCCUUGGGUAAGAUGCUCCACAAAACGGUCCCAGGUGGCUGUGCUCAGCAGUGUAUGAAUGUGAGUGGAUAGAAAAGGAUGAAUAGUUCGUUGUUUGUCUCAUUCCAUCACCAUCUCGCUUUUUAUGUACUUCCCUCUUUCCCUUUUCCAACUCUAACACAGCAGGCAACCAUCUACCAACAAUCUGGUUCUGCUCAAGGUUUCAGCCUGUUUAAAGGAAGUUUUUUCAUACCACUGUAACUUAAUAAAUGCUUCAAAGUGUUUAUCUCAUGGUAGAAAGCUGAGAUAGGAGUGGGUCUGGCGUUAUCAGAGCGCUGACUCAGUCUUAUCUUUGUAUUGGGUCUUUAAACGACUGAAUAAAAGACUGUGGUCUAAAUCUGCUGCUUCUGUAAAAUAUGACUGAGAUCAAGUUUGUUGUGAAUUGUCACUAUAUUGAUUGAUUGAAUUAUUGACCAUCAAAAUUACAUGCAAUGAAAACGCUAUUAUUCAGCCAAUCGUACCCUGUAACAUCAGCUAGUGUUUGUAAAGUGUUGAUGUUUUGAGUGUUAUCAUUUUCUAAUGACUUUAUCAUCCAUACUGAAGGUAUUGAUUAGAUUGGUUUAAGAUUUGUAAAUCACAGACUGGUGAUGCUGCUGUGUUGUAGCUCCGUUUUUCCAGGAUGCUGUGUCUGAGACCAACCUCGAUGAAAUGGAAGUUGAGAUCCUCAGGAACAAACUUUACAAGGUGACUAGUAGAUGCAUGUGUUUUGUUUUCCAUAAUGUUGUUUUGUAUGAGAUAAAGAUGUACCAGUCUCUAAACAACUGUAAAGCUAACUACAAUGUCACAGUCAAAGGCAUCAGUGAAACAAUGUAAUGAAGGUUUCAAUUGUCAUCUUUAGUCAGGGUCAGGUUUUCAGUCAUUUUGCUAUCCUGUAUUUACGUCUUGGUUUUGUUUCAAAGGCCUAUUUAGAGUCUUUCCACUCUUUUUGCAAGAACCUCGGUGGAGCUACGAAAGACAUCAUGUGUCCUGUCUUAGAGGUGCGGACACAGUUUGGACAGCAUUGGCUAAAUUCAUGCAGUUUUUCAACAUGUUAUAAACGUUGCACAAUAUAGUGAAUCUACGCGUGUGUGUGUUUGUUUGUGUGAAGUUUGAAGCUGACAGGCGGGCCUUCAUCAUCACUGUGAACUCCUUUGGGACAGACCUUAGCGGAGCGGACAGGAGCGCUUUGUAUCCAUCCUGUGGCAAACUUCACCCUGAAGGACUGCAGCUGCUGGCCAAAGCAGAAGACCACGAGCAGGUCAAAGCUGUCGCUGACUGCUACUCUGUGAGUCAAACCCUCAGGACUUAGAGAAAACUGGGGAAGCUUAUUUUAAUCAGACAUAUGGUGAACUUCAACCUUAAUAUCCCUGCAGGAGUAUAAAGUUGUUUUUGAAGACCCCGAGCCUGGCUCAGAUUUCAAGACCCUGGAGGACAGAUUCUUUGAACAGGAGGUAAUGUGAUUUUAAUAUCAUGUGGUAAGAGUGUCCUAUGAACUGGGAAGGUCUUCAGAAUGAUGUUGAAUUUUUCAUACAGUAAAAAUACUUGGAUGAAGUUACACAUUUGCCCCAAGCCAAAGCUUAACGCAAAUUAAAAUAUGAAAAUCUCACUUGCACUUAUUUGUCUUUCCCAAUUGAUCUGUUCCAGGUGAAGCUGAACACUCUUGCUUUCCUGCAGCAGUUCCACUUUGGAGUAUUUUACUCCUACAUCAAACUAAAGGAGCAGGAGAGUCGCAACAUCGUCUGGAUCUCUGAGUGUAUCACGCAGAGACAGAAGUCUAAGAUAAAGAACUACAUACCCAUCUUUAAAGGGACCUAUUAA